GCCCGCCAUCAUUACUAAGGGUUUCCGCCUUUCCACUAUUCUAGGCGGUGCACGCGAACAGGAGCCGCGCAAGAUGGUUGCCGAGCUGCCAGACGUGGAAAUGAAGAACGUGGACAGCCCUGCUGCAGCCGGAACCGAAGUAGAAGCCGUCAAGGCGGACCCAGACACGUUGACGAUCGAAGACAUUAAGGAGCAUGCUCGCCACAUUGAGAAGGCAGUGACCAGCAAGGAGCCACGUUUCAUCCUGCGCAUUCUGCGGGCUCUGAUGCCCACCCGUAAGCGCCUCAAUGACCGAGUGCUGCGCAAGAUCGUCACCGGCUUCUUCACCCACUCGAGCCAGGACAAGGAUGCCCUGCUUGGAUGCCUCGAGGAGCCCAUGGAGACAGAUGGUGCCGUCAAGGAAAGCCGCAUCCGCAGUGCUAAGACAUCACACCUGCCACUGCUUCCCGAGCUGGAUGUCUACAUUCACUUGCUGGUGUUGGUGUAUCUCAUCGAUGCACAGCGUUACGAGAAGGCAGUGCAGUGCUCGGACCAGCUGAUGCAGAAGAUCCAGGCACAGAAUCGGCGCACGCUCGACCUGCUGGCCUCCAAGUGCUACUUCUACCACAGUCGCUGCUACGAGCUGACCGAUAGGAUGAGUGACAUCCGCAGCUUCCUGCACAGCCGUCUGCGCACAGCCACAUUGCGCAGUGACUACGAGGGACAGGCGGUGCUGGUCAACUGUCUGCUCCGCAACUAUCUCCACUACAAUCUCUACGAACAGGCCUCCAAGCUGGUGUCCAAGUCUGCCUUUCCAGAGGCAGCAUCCAACAACGAGUGGGCACGCUACCUCUACUACCUGGGACGCAUCCGUGCCAUUCAGCUGGACUACUCCGAGGCCAGGCGGCAUCUCCUGCAGGCCAUUCGCAAGGCACCGCAACAUGCUGCCCUGGGAUUCAAGCAGACGGUGCACAAGUUGGCCAUUACCGUCGACCUGCUGCUGGGUGACAUACCGGAUCGGUCCAUCUUCCGUCAAGCACCCCUGCGACGAACCCUGGCUCCUUACUUCCAGCUCACCCAAGCGGUGCGGGCGGGCAACCUGGGUCGGUUUGGCGAGGUGCUGGAGCACUUUGGGGCCAAGUUCCAGGCCGACCACACAUUCACGCUGAUCAUCCGGCUGCGGCACAACGUGAUCAAAACGGGCGUGCGCAUGAUCAACCUGUCGUACCUGCGCAUCUCGCUUGCCGACGUGGCCCACAAGCUGCAGUUGGACAGUCCCGAGGAUGCCGAGUUCAUUGUCGCCAAGGCCAUCCGCGACGGAGUGAUUGAGGCCACCAUCGACCAUGAGCGGGGCUGCAUGCAGUCCAAGGAGAACAUGGACAUCUAUUGCACCCGGGAGCCCCAGGCCGCCUUCCAUCAGCGAAUCUGCUUCUGCCUGGACAUACACAACCAAUCAGUCAAGGCCAUGCGAUUCCCUCCAAAGUCCUACAACAAAGACCUUGAAUCGGCUGAGGAGCGGCGGGAGCGCGAGCAGCAGGACUUGGAGUAUGCGAAGGAGAUGGCUGACGAAGAGGACGACGGCUUUCCCUAGGGCUUGCCGCGCAGUAAAAAUGAUAUUCCUCCACUGGC